AUGGAAAAUGAAAAGGAAACGGGCACCACUCUUGUAUGCAAAGGCUAUCCCGGUGAUCCGAACGACGAGAUUGUAACUAAACUGAGAAACGAGUUCAGGGAGAUUUUGAGUGAAUUAAUUGGAGUUAAUGAUCAAUUUCCUAAUGGAACACCUGGCUUCUCUAUUCCACUUAACUCCUCAUCAAAAAUUCUUGUAUAUGGACGGAGAUAA